AUGGAACAAUUUGAAGAAUAUGAUAAGGGUAAGCUAUUAAGAGACAGAUAUAUCAAAGUCAGUGAUAUUAGUGAAGGCUCAUAUGGGUUGGUCUCUGUUGCCAAAGAUGUCAAGAGAAAUGAUUUACUAGUUGCUGUCAAAUUUAUAUAUCCUGUUGAUUAUAAGAAAGGUUACACCACCAAGGAUCAAACUCAAUCAAGACCAUCGUCAAGUCCAGCACGUUUGAAAUCACCUCAGCAGGCUGGAUCUCCCAAUAAGCAUGAUCGAUCCACUAUUUUCAACAGUUUACUAAAUGAGGCGCAAAAGGAAAUCAAGAUUCACAAAAUAUUGGGCGAACAUCCUAACAUUUCUCAAUUGUAUGAUCAUUUCGAUUCAUGCCUAGUGUUGGAAUUUUGUUCAAGAGGUGAUCUUUAUGAAGCUAUUCACAAUGGCAAUGGACCAGUCACUACGCAAGAUAUAAAGGAUGUGUUUCAACAGAUUCUUAAUGCAGUUGGUUUUUGUCAUUCAAAGGGAGUUUAUCACCGUGAUUUAAAGCCAGAAAAUAUUUUGAUUGCUGAAGAUUGGAGUAUUAAAUUGUGUGAUUGGGGCUUAGCCACAACAACGAGAAUCAUCACCAACAAAGAUGAAUUUGAUGUUGGGUCAGAACGUUAUAUGGCCCCUGAGUUAUUUGAUAAUGAAAUUGACUCUUAUGACGCCUCAAUGAUUGACAUUUGGUCCAUUGGUGUCAUUUUGUUAACGUUGGUGUUUCACAAAAACCCCUUUCAAGUUGCAAAUUACUCAGACAAGAGAUUUUUACAAUUUGCCAGCAACAGAGAAGCUUUGUUUGAUAUAUUUUCAACAAUGAGUGGUGACUUGUUUUCAGUGUUGAGAUUUUGUUUAACCAUUGAUCCCACUAAUCGUGACUUGAACAGUGUUUCCAAAGAGUUGGAAGCAUUGAGAUUUUUCACAAUUGAUGAUGAAUUUGAAUAUGAAUAUGACUACAAUGAAGGGGAUGAUGAACAAGAAGAAGGCGAGGACGUGGAAGAAACGAGGUCCGAUGAAGCGGACUUUGAUGAUGAUGAAUAUUUGUCCUACCGCAAUGAAGAUGGAGACAAAUCUCAAUCGCACCUGGGAGUUGCUGAAACAGAGGCGGCUAAGCUUUUGGAUGGACCUGCUUCAGCUGAAAAGGACAAAUACGUUAGAUCACCCCUUUCCAGAUAUGAAAUCCCUCACAAUCAUAGAGCUGAUGCUCUUUUGUCCACAAACACUAAAGCCAAACCAAUUCCCAUCAAUACGCAUGACUUUAAAUUCAUUCGUAAUACGAGAAAGCCUUUAACUGUUGCGUCUUUUAAUCAAAAUGCUCAGGUGAAUAAAGGAACAAACAAUAGGUUUGGUAAUUUCAAUAGAGAAGACUACUUUACUCCCAAGUCUGUGUUUAAACAUUAUAUGGAUAAGUAUGGAGACAAGAGGAGAAGUAACAAUUAUCAGCACCCCAAUUAUCAUCAGAACAGGAACGGCAAUGUCAAUGGAAAUGUUGUUGAUCACAAGAGCCCCCCACAAUUGAGAAGAAAAAGAACGUGGAAGACGAACCAAAGGUACAGGCCAUCAGCGCAAACAGCACACUUGAAUAAUAACAAUGGCUUCCCAAAUGGUAGAUUGAGUGCUAAUCAGCGUGAUGAAUUCCCACGCUCAGGUGAAAGAUAUGGUGGUGGUAAACGUCUAUCAGCUAAUUUGAGCUCUGCUUUCCAUACGUUGCCCCAACCGACUUCUUCGAGUUUGAAUAGUGGCUCAAGUGCACCCAAUGGCUUGUCAUCGACAAACUUGUCCAAUUCUGGAAAGUACAUCCCACCAUUUCUUCGUUCACCAAAUCGUCAACCACAAAAAUCACCACAUGUUGAGCCAUUGGUUGAGGAAAUUGACCAUUUGGUGUUGAGUAAUGAUGAUGAAGUUUUCCACUUGGAAGAUGAUUUCGUAAGUGACGAAGGAAAAGAAAAUGUUGUUCCAAAUGGGAGUCACGUGAAAAGUGGAAGCAUGAGCGAUGGUGAUCGUCCUGUGUUUCCAAUUUAUAAUGUAAAGAACGGACAGGCCAAUGGUAUGAGUCAUGCAAAUGGAAAUGGUCAUCUCAAUUCUGCUACUAAUACCCAGAAGGGACCAAAGUCGUCCCUUCCCAGGUCGUUCAAUGAUGCGGCAUCUACUAGCGGUAGUUUGGAACAUGCCAACAAUGGCAAGUACAUUCCUCCGUUUAGACGUGGCUCAGUUUCACGAGCAAAUCCGAACGGAACAAUAGCUGGUACGGGGGAAUCGAUUUUAGCAAACGUCCCCGUUGCCAAUGGUCCCAAAAAGUCAAUUCACUACAAAAAUCGAAGUUCAUUCGACGGAUUCACAAGUGAUGGCUCCAACAAUGGAAGAAGCUUUAACAGUCACACCAGUGGCGGUGCAGGCAGCACUCCAAAGAGUUUGAAUGGAUUUAUGAAUCAUAAUGGUGGGCCCAAUGGUAACACAAUACACAAUUAUAUGAAUGAUUCACUCAAGGCGAAUAAUCGUUUACCUAAUGAUAACAAGAACCGUACUGUUACCGGAAGCAAGUGUAGUAACAGUAUUAGUAGCCGCAGUGACAAGAGUAGCGGGGGUGAAAGCAAGAGUGGAGAAGAUGAUCUUAAAGGGGCAAGUGGUGAUGCUGCCGCUACCAAAGCUGUUGUCGAAGUUGGUAGUUUUAAUGAUUUGUGGUUUGGGAGCCAAAAGAAAAACUGGAGUGAUUACGACGACUGA